AUGGAGGCCCCCUCAGCCCCUCUGCGCACUGGGUGCAUCCCAUGGCAAAGGCUCCUGGUCAUAGCUUCACUUCUGACCUUCUGGAACUCACCCACCACAGCACAAAUCACUAUUGAACCUGUGCCUCCCAAUGCUAUUGAAGGGGAGAACGUUCUUCUACAUGUCCAUAAUGUGCCCUGGAAUAUUCAAAGCUAUAUCUGGUACAAAGGGGGUCAGGCUUUGGACAACCACCAGAUUGCAGUGUAUGUGAUAGACCCUGACAUACUUGUCCCAGGGCCUGACUACACUGGCAGAGAGACAGUAUACCCCAAUGGAUCCCUGCUGCUCCAGAAAGUCUCCCAGGAGGACACAGGAUUCUACAUCCUGCAGACCUUAACUAGAGACCUUCGGGCUCAGGAAGCAUCUGUGCAGCUGCGUGUAGAUGCACAAAGCAAGGUGGGGACAGCGGGGAACUGGGUUCAGAUGCCCUGGGGGAAGGAACUCUUCCCAACACAGCACAUCUUUGCAGCAGCUGCACAGGCUGAGAAUUCCUGGAACAAGCUGAUGGUGCCCCCACUGCCCACCUCGCACCAGGGCAUGGAACCUGAAGUCUGUUCCGGGGGCAUCAGAGCUGCUACAGCAAUUAGAAGGCGGUGGUACUUGCAUAGGAUUCACCAGAGACUGAAAAUGAGCCAGAAAUGGGCCUUCACCACUUCAGCCACACUGCUCUUGUCAAAGGGAGGACAUACCAGAGCAGAGACCAUGGAGCCCUUCUCGGCCCCUCCAUCCCCAGGGUGUGUCCCUUGGCAGGGGCUGCUGUUCACAGCCUCACUGUUAACCUUCUGGAACUCUCCCAGCACUGCCCAACUCACUAUUGAAGCAGUCCCACCCCACGUGGCUGAAGGGAAGAGUGUUCUUCUACUUGUCCACAAUCUGCCAGAGAAUCCUCAAACCUUUUACUGGUAUAAAGGGAAAUUUUCACUCAAUGACCGAGAAAUUGCACGAUAUAUAAUAACCCGUAAUUCAAGUAAGCCAGGACCUGCGCACAGUGGGAGAACAUCAUUCAACGACAGUCAAAUUGCAAAAUAUAUAACAACAACUAGUUUGAGAGAGGAGAGAGGGCCUGCACACAGUGGCAGAGAAACGAUAUACUCCAAUGGAUCCCUGCUGUUUGAUAAUGUCACGCACGAAGACACAGGCUCUUACACAUUACUGACCUUAGAUACGGAUGGCCAUUUUGAAGAAACAUCUGUGCAGUUCAAUGUAUACCGGCCAGUGACAGAGGCCACUGUUCAAACCACCAAAACCUCAGUCAUAGAAAUAGACUCUGUGGUCUUCACGUGCCACUCAGGAGGCUCUGUAAUCUCCACCCAGUGGAUCUUCAAUAACCAGCGUCUGCAGCUCCCGGAGAGGAUGACACUGUCUCAGAACAACAGAAGGCUCAGCAUAAACCCUGUCAAGAUGGACGAUGCCGGGGACUAUCAGUGUGAGGUCACCAACCCAGUCAGUUACAAGAAGAGUCGUCCAGUUCAUCUGGAAGUAAGCUUUGACCCAGAACAAGAAAGCUGUGGCCUCUUAAUUGGGUCCACUGCCGGCAUCAUGGUUGGAGCUGUGGCUGGGGUGGUUCUGAUAGCAGCACUGGCGUGUUUCCUGUAUCUCCAAAAUUCUAGGAAGGGAAGUUACUACUGCAGUGUCACAGAGCCCACACCCUCAGCCUACAACCACAGUCUGGGCUUCAAUGACAACUGCCCAAAUGAGGUGGAUGAAGUUGCAUUUUCUGUCCUGGACUUCAAUACCCAACAACCGAGUGAACCGACCCCGAGUGAGCCGACCCCGAGUGAGCCGACCCCGAGUGAGCCGACCCCGAGUAAGCCGACAUCUCCAGCUUCCCCAUUGUCUCCAGCCACAGAAGAGGUUCAUUCCGAAGCGGAAAAGGACUGA